AUGAAUCCAGCUCCUUUAUCGUCUCUUGAUGACGGUUCGCCCCCGCCAAAGCGCGCCCGCAAAUUGCCCGCCUGGUAUGGCGAUUACGAGGCGGAGGACGACACUGUGCACGGGGUCAGCCGCAGCGAGCUGGCCCUGCGGCCCAAGUCCCUCGAGCAGCGGGCGAGGCCGCGCCACGCAAGCCUCACCGUCAAUACGCCACUCCUGGAGUGCUUGGCUGGCGACGAGGAGGCCGAGGCGGUGUGGCGUGCCGCGUGCUCGGCGGGGAAGCGCAACCUGAGCCAGGAGGUGCACGGAUGGCGCAUCAAGUGGGUGCCUCGCCACGCCUCGCAAGGCACAAAGGACGGCGAUAUCUACGCCUUCCCGCCAGAGCAUCGGGGAGGGAAGGGCCUACGCUCGCUCAGCGCGAUCCUCGACGUGCUCUUGCUGCGGCACGAGGCGUCCCAGGGGGGCGGUAUCUGGCAGCCGCCACAGGUGCGGCAGCUCUUCCAGGUCUGGUGCGAGGCGGAGCAGGGCGAGGAGGGCGAGGAGGGAGCGGCACCACUGCUGGGCGGCAAGGGCGGCGCCUCGACCGGCGAGGCAGGGCCGAGCGGGCCUUGUCCGGUCGGGGAGUGGCGGUACGCGGCGGUCACGCGCGUGCACGAGAACGGGUCCUUCCUCGGCCGCCUGUGCAGCGACGAGGCGGCCGCCGCGUGGUCGCGCGUCUGGAGCGGUGCCGCUGCCGACGCCGGAGCGGCGGGCCCGCUGCUACUCACUGACGGCGGCUCGGCGGCGGAGGCGGUGGCGGAGGCGCCAGAGGCGGAGGCAGGGGCGGCGGCUGGGGCGGGGGAGGCUGUGGAGCCGGCCACGGGAAGCGCGAUGGAGACGGCGGCGGCGGCGGCGGCGGCGGCGGCAGAAGAGGAGGAGGAGGAGGUGGAGGCGGAGACGGCGGAGUACGAGGAGUACGAGGAGGAUGAGGAGGAGGCCGUGGUGAUAGACGGCGUGGAGGUGACGGCAGGGGCGGCGGCGGAGACGGCAGCGGCGGCAGCUUCUGGGGAGGAGGGGGAGGAGAUGCCGACGUGGUUCUGGAAGGACACGGAGGGGGUGCUGUGGCGGCGCCUCGAGGGAGAGCCAGUCUUUGCCGCGCGGCGGCCGUCGGCGCGCGGCUCGCGCGUGCCGGGGGUGCCUGGCAAGAAGAAGAAGCGGUGCCAGGCGUGCGCUGCCUGCCUGACCCCGGAUUGCGGGGCGUGCAAGCACUGCAUGGACAAGCCCAAGUUUGGCGGCCCGGGCACGCAGAAGCAGUGCUGCAUCCACCGCCGCUGCCUUCACCCAAUCCUGCCCGAGAUUGAGGCGGCGGCCGCAGAGGCGGAGGCGGAGGCGGGGGCGGAGGCGGAGGCGGAGGCGGCCGCGGCCGCGGAGGCGGAGGCGGAGGCGGAGGCGGAGGCGGAGGGCGGCGGCGAGGUCGGCAGCGGCGACGAGGGCGGUGCGGGCGGCGGCGAGGAUGCGGCGGAGCAGGGCGGCGGCGGCGGCCGUAGCGCCACGGUUGCGGCUCUUCCUCCAGGCUGGAGCGUCGAGCAGCGCACGACCUCGUCGGAGCGCACUUACCUCGUGUACCACGGCCCGGCGGGGCUGCGAGCCGUGUCGGUGCCCGACGCGUGGCGCAAGCACCGCGGCGUGCAGAUCGUAGAGACGGACGCCAGCUGCGUCGCCUGCGGUGGCGGCGACGACACCGCUGGCAACGAGAUCCUGCUCUGCGACGGCGACGGCUGCGAGGCUGCCUACCACUUGCUCUGCGUCUCGCCGCCGCUCUCGGCCAUCCCGCGGGGCGACUGGCUCUGUGCUCACUGCUGCGGAGGCAGCCAACGCGGCAACGUGGCUGCCAGCCCGGGUGGCCAGUGCCAGGGUGGCAACCAGGCGAGCCAGGCUGGCCAGAGCGGCAGCCAGCAGCUCGUGGUGCACACCGAAGCGCCCGCGCCCAGCGCCGGCGUUGGAGGAGCGUCGGAGGUCACCGCGGACCUCGGCUACGACGACCUCUUGUACCUCUCCGAGCUGAGAGAGGCGGAGCUCCGCGAUGUGGCUGUGGACGCGGAGAUGCUGCCGGGACACGUGGGCCCUUACCGGACAGCUACCACGCUUCAGCACAUGACUGUCUGCGCGGGUCUGGUGCUUCGCCUGUGGAACUACCCCAGGAGGCUGAGCCGGACCUUCUGCGGCUUUUGGGGCGAGCACCACUACCUAAAGGCAACGGCCAACUCCAACACCGUGUGGAAAGAGCACACGCUCAAGAGAGUGCUGCAAAUACCGCCCAGUGAGGUGACAGCCGCGUUCACGACACGGGCAGACUACGCCGAGUCGCUCCGCAAGGCAAACCACACCGUCGGGUUGCUUCUGCCCGUCAGGGAUGCAGCGCGGAUGGGCUACCACAGCGCGCUCGUUUACCAGCGCGCUCUGGGGCUCACCGAUGACGAGACAGACGUGCUACUGCAGUUCAUCAGGUGGUGGGACGUGCUCCGGGUCUGCUGCGGGCCGCAGAUGUCCGAGGACUGGCGCGAGAUGCUGCACCGGCACCCCUUUGCCUACAAGUUCCGCUACGGGAGGGACGACCCUGGCUCGCCGGCGUGCGGCACGUACAACAUCAGUGCGGUGGAGCUCGCCUUUCUCAACAACAAGCUCGCCAAGCGGAUGUACGCCCACUCUCCGCGCCUGAACCCGAGCCCCUUCUCCACCUUUAGCGCCCACGGCGACGAGCUCGAUGGCACGUAUUGUGCGCGCUACAACGAGGCGACCAAAGCAGAGUUAGAGAUGGUACACGCGCGGGGGACCCGUUUGCCGCCUCAAUUCACCCGGCGCGUGCCCGUCGGCGCCCGCCCCGUUUGGACCCGCUUGGCCAGUGGAGAGAAGAAGGCGCCUCAAGCCAUGGCGAGCCCACCGCCGCCGCCGCUGCUGCCGGUCAACGGUACCGACCCGGCUGGCGAUGACUACGGCGGGGCUUCGAUCGCCGCGGGCAUUGGGGUGAUGACCCUCGCCGCGGCGGUGCUAGCCUACAGCAUGAACGUGCAGCGGCACGCCUUGAUAUACGAUGGGCCGCGUGUGCCCCUGCUGCCGCGCGUGAACCGGUGGCACGUGCCGCGUUUUGUCGCGUGGCUGUUUGGGCUUAUGCUGUACGGCUGCGCAUCGGGCCUGAAGAUCCUCGCGCUCAACCUCGGUCCGCUGACGGUGCUCGCCUCCGUCUUCUCCACCCUCAUCAUCUUCAACCUCGUCUUUGCCCACCUGCUGUUGCGUGAGCCAAUCACGCGGGGGAAGGUGGCUGGCUGCUUGGUCGUGCUGCUCGGCGCAGUGGUGGUCGGCGUCGGAGCGCCCGACGAUACACCGACCAAAUUCACGCCGGCUGAGAUCGAGGCCUUCCUUGACUCUGGCGGCCUCACCUUUUUGGGCGUCUGCCUCGGCAUCGUCGCCCUCUCCGUCUGCUCAAUCACGGCGUACGAGGUGCGCUACUACGGCUCAAGCUGCUCGUGUUGCGCACGAGGGAAGGGCAAGGGCGCGGGCGGGGCCAAAGAGGAUGCAGUGGCGCAAACUGAGACGCCGGUCGCGUCGCCCGACUCAAGUCCGAUUGCGCGUCGGGCGCGCACGGACGCACCGAAGCAGCCGCAGCGCGAGCUGCCGCAGCCGCCGUGGUGCCUCGCUGCCGCAAUGGUGCUCAUCUACCCGGGCGGUCUCGGGCUAGACGAGGCGGUCGCCGAUUGCGGUAUCCGUGCCUUCACUUCGAUGCUGGCCUCGGGCGAGCCGGUCGAGGGCCGCGCUUUUUGGCUCAUGGCCUCCACUGGCGUCUGCUGUGCCAUCGCGACGUCAGUCUGGCUCGCGGUGGUGUACCGCCGGUACGAGACGACGGUGGCGCUGCCGAUCGAGUACGGCGCGCUCAAUGUCGCCUCCGUCCUCGCCGGGCUGCUUUUCUACGACGAGUACCAGUACAUGGACGACUGGCAGCUCGCCCUCGCACUGGCGGGCGUCUGCAUCAUCGUCGCAGGGAUCAUCGUUGGGCUAAUUGCCACGGCUCCAGACACGGUGGCAGCUCGCCUCUCUCUGUCAGCGCUGCAGCGCCCCAACAUCGGAAUCAAGGGGACUGCUACCCCAGCAACGCAGCACACAUCGAGCACAGCAAUGGGCUCCCCAUCACCCCCUCCCAACCCCAUCAGCUCCCCUGCGGUACACGCCUUCGUCAGCGGCCUCGCUCGGGUGCCCUCGUUUGAGCGGUCGCGAGACCGGAGUCGCGCGAAGGGGCAGCACCGCCGCCUGCCGUCGGUUGACUCGGUGGUGGCUGCCAACGACGCAGGGGAUACACCCCAUGUGAUCCCCGUGCAGGCUCCCGCUGGGCGGGUUUAG